AUUUAAAAAGGCGAACACAAUCAAGAAAAAUAGUUGAUGUUAUAGAAAAAAUCUCGAACAUUCUAAGGGUAUAGACAUUAAAAACGAGAGUUAAUUAGCAAAUAUGGAAAAAAUGAAGGUAUUGUUUUUCCUUUGUGCUUUUAUUGUUGUCCAUGGAAGAGAAAAUAAUGACGUUGGACCAUAUGGCCAACAUAACUUGUGGAGGCAAACCCUAUGUGAAAGAAAUUGCGACACACUGAAUAAAAAGCUGCAUCAUUGCAUGACACUUGAAACGACGUAUUUUCAUGAUACAUUCCAGAAGUGUUUAAAUGAGAUUCUGCCAGCCAUUAAAGGUUCAUACGUACUUUUUCAACGGAAGGCGUGCAAGGAUAAAACCAUUUAUCACAAGAUAGACGAAUGCAUAAGCGAACACAAAGCUGUGUAUACUACGAUGAAUCAAGAAGCUGCUGACUGUUUCUUGAAUGUGUUGAAGAAAUACAAUUUACCAGAAUUAAUAAAAAAGUAUUUUUCGUUUGUGAAAUGUGAAAAGAAAUAAUUUAUUCAGCUUUCUGAAAUCCAUUUCAUUUGAUAUAAAAAGAUUGUCAAAUGAGUUAAAGUUUGUAUGAAAUCAAAAUAAA